AUUAGAGAAGCUUCUUUGAAGCUAGACGAGUCUCCAAAGUCCAAGGUCACAUGUUAAGGUUGCUGUGUGUUUAGCAAGAGAAGUGAUGCCCAAGCAAAUAAUCAGGCAGCUCAGUAGACAAUUGUUGUCUUGGCUUCUUGGGCAGUACUCUUCGGUUAAUAUAAAUAGGCAUAUGCUUGUCACCCUAGCAUCAAGUGAGUGAGCAAUUUGGGUGGAAAUUAAACCAUACUCGUUUUGAAAGGCAACUCUAAGCAGCUUCCAUCAAGAACCAGAGGGUAAUGGAAAUGACUUCCAUGGCCAAUAAGCCACAUGCAGUAUGCAUACCCUACCCAGCUCAAGGUCACAUAAACCCAAUGCUCAAACUAGCAAAACUACUCCAUCAAAGAGGCUUUUACAUUACAUUCAUCAACACUGAACACAUGCAGAGAAGAUUGCUCAAGUCUAGAGGCCCUGAUGCUCUCAAUGGAUUGCCUGAUUUUCAAUUCGAAACCAUACCGGAUGGUCUCCCUCCAUCUCCUGAUUUAGACUCUACCCAAGAUAUUCUAGCUCUCGCUCAAUCUGUUACAAACAACUGUCCAGUUCCAUUCCGCAAUCUUCUUGCUAAACUUGAAUCAUCACCUAAUGUUCCACCUAUUACUUGUAUUGUUUCUGAUGGUAUUAUGUCUUUCACUCUUGAUGCUGCUGAAGAAAUUGGAGUUCCUGGUGUGCUUUUCUGGACUGCGAGUGCAUGUGGCUUCUUAGCAUAUGCGUACAAUAAACAACUUGUUGAAAGGGGCCUUAUACCCCUCAAAGAUGAGAGCUAUUUAACAAAUGGUUAUUUAGACACGACUGUUGAUUGGAUUCCCGGUAUGAAAGGCAUUCGUUUGAAGGACUUGCCGACUUUUCGAACAACAGAUCCAAAUGAUUUCUUUCUCAACUUUUCAAUUCAAGAAGUAUAUGGAGCUUUAAGAGCUUCAGGGAUUAUUCUGAAUACUUAUGAUGAGUUAGAACAUGAAGUUUUGGUUGCUCUUUCAUCUAUGUUCCCUCCCAUUUACACAAUUGGUCCUCUUGACUUGGUUGGUGCAAAAAAUGCUGAGAAAGAUCAGAAUACAUCCAUCGGUUCUAAUUUGUGGACUGACGAUCUUGAAUGUCUCAAAUGGCUUGAUUCCAAGGAACCCAAUUCAGUUGUUUAUGUAAAUUUUGGUAGCAUGACGAACAUGACACGACAACAACUUGUAGAACUUGCUUGGGGACUUGGUAAUAGCAAACAAACUUUCCUUUGGAUAAUAAGGACUGAUAUUGUCAAGGGUGAGUCUACAAUCUUGCCAGAGGAGUUCGUCGACGAGACAAAAGAAAGAGGCCUAAGGACAAGUUGGUGUCCCCAGGAAAGGGUCCUGAAGCACCCAUCAAUAGGAGGAUUCUUAAGCCACAUGGGAUGGAAUUCGACGAUUGAAAGCUUGAGUAAUGGAGUGCCAGUGAUUUGUUGGCCAUUUGGUGGUGAGCAGCAAAUUAACUGCUGGUUUGCUUGCAAUAAGUGGGGCAUUGGUAUGGAGAUAGAGAAUGAAGUGAAGAGAGAUGAAGUGGAAAAACUUGUAAGAGAGUUAAUAGAGGGGGAGAAAGGUAAAGAAAUGAGAAAGAAGGCAAUGGAAUGGAAGAGAAAGGCAGAAGAGGCAACAGAUCCUAACGGUAAAUCAUCUAUGAAUUUAGACAGAUUGGUUAAUGAGGUGCUACUGUCACAACACAAAUGAUGACACUUCCAGUCGCUAUGUCUUUGUGAAAUUAGUAUUUUCUCAAGUGUUGCUGGAAUUUAUGUUUCUAUUUUAAAUAACUGAAUAUGUAUUAAUUAAAUAUUAAAAUAUAUAAAUUUAUAUAUAAAUUAUUUUUUUA